AUGAAAGUUAAAGUUAAAGACAAAUGCCAAUGUAACCUCUGUGACUGCGGGAAACACAAAUGUCAGUUACACGGAAAGAAGAUAGAGAAAUAUAUCCCGUUGCCAGGCAACCCCGAGAACUUCAAAACACACUAUCAGCUGGAGUUUAAAGAAAAGCCUGGCCACCAACCCCCCAAGCCCUGCCUACCUGUACUUAUCAAACAGGCUCCAAGUCCGGAGAAGCACCCGUUUGAAGGGUCAACUGAAUCUCAGGAAGCUUUCCACCAGAAGGCUUUACCUCUCAAGUUUAGGAAGGAGAAGGAAAAGUACGAGAAGCCGGAGGGCUGUAUGGCCUUGCUCACAACAAAGUCCGCUGACUACACCGCUAAACCGUUUAUAAAACAGAAAUCUUACAAACCCAACCUCAAAGCUGAUAGGCCGAAACAACUUCCUCAAUUUGAAGGUGAGACAACUUCAGCGGCGUUCUACAAGGCGUACGAAGGAUGUGAAAGACAGAAGAUGUACAGUGAGCACCCUGUUAAUCUGACACUGAAUACAGACAAGUUCGAGGGGGUCACCACUGCUAGACACAGCUACCCUGCUUACAGAGGAAACAGCAGAACACUACCAAUAAAACCAGUGGAGAAAGAGUUUGAGAGUGGUUUACAGUUCUACGGGGUAACAACUAACCAUGACAACUACAAAGGAGUGCAAGGUGCCGGUGCUAUGCAACCUAUCAUACACCCCUCUACUUACAAACAACCUACAGGUGAGUUCUACACAGAGACCACAACAAAAGCGCACUACAGUAACAAAGCUCUCUCGGCAUCCCUCAGAUCACACCCCAUCAUCCCUCAAGAGAUUAGAGAGCCCCUCGCUGAUUUUAACGGUAAGACUACAAACUCGGAAACCUACCCAGCCCACCCCCCACAAGAUCGACCCAAACCCAGAGAAAAAGAGAAAUAUAACAAACCUACUGAAAAGAUGGACAUUACCUCAGUUCACAGAGAUAUCUACAAGCCCCACUCCGUGCAGCGCCGCCGCAAGCUAACACCACUAGAUCCUGUAGUAAGGAAAAGCAGCGCCCCAGUUCCUAAGUUCCAGGGCAGGACCACGCAUAAAGAACAGUUUAAACGCUGGACGAUUGAGAAACAGAAAGCGUUCAGUGAGCCGCCACGGCUGCUGAAAGUAGGGAUAGGUACCAUGGAAACCAGGACAAUGCAGCAACGAGACUUCGUUUACGAUGGUGCUAAGGUGGACAGAGCCAAGCCAAUAAUCCCCCAAGUGAAAGUAAUAAGAAGUGACCUUCCCCUGGACUGCCUCACUAGUUACAUGCUGGAAUUCAAGGGACUCCAGAAUAAGUGUAGAUUAGCUGAGAUGCUAGUUAGUCAAGCAGAACACAAGCUCAGUGCUUAACACUGUUAACACUGUUAACACUGUUAACACUGUUAACACUGUUAACACUGUACAGUGUACUUAGAGAGCUUAGAGGCCAUUUUCACAUUUUCAUUUAUUACUUUUAUUUUGACACAAUGUAUUACUCCACGGCAAUUGUUCUAAUUGUAGGUGCUGUGUGAUAGCGUGAACUUUCUUUAACCAAUUACAUAUUAUUCUUGACAGCAUUUUAAAUCUUUUUAUUCUAAAAUGUUAAUGAUUGCAUGCGGAGUAACAUGACUAUUUGCAUGUCACUUUUGAACUGAUUCCUGCCACUGAUUUUCUUAUCAAGUUUGCUUAUUUUUAUCACGAAUGUGAUCAAGAAAACUAAUUUAUAUGUGCUCAUGACUAUGUUUUACAGAUGUUUAUAUUAUGGUUAUAA